GUGAAAAGCCUUGAGGCCGUCGGACCUCCGAACAGAUCUUAUGGUCUCAGGCAGACGGUGAACGCGGAACUUGUUGUCGCCGAUCCUUUUCCUUGCAGUUCCUCUUCGUAGGAUCUUCCGACAUGACAACAGCUAGACGAUUUCGCUUCGAAGCGGUAUACCGGCGCAAGGCUGCAACCGAGCUGUUGAAUGUCGUGUCGUCGACGACCAAAGCGAAGAUCAGACACUCUAGCUCGCAGUCCGGUGCUGCCCGGAGCCUACCUCUCGUGGGUAUCAAAGUGCUUGAGGUGGGACAGGUUAUCGCAGGGCCUUUCUGCGGUCAACUGCUAGGUCAUUACGGAGCUGAAGUAAUCAAAGUCGAACCACCCAAAACCGGCGACCCGCUUCGUGUAUGGCGCGAACUCGACGUAGACGGGGUCAGCCCCUGGUGGCGGAGCAUUGCUCGGAACAAAAAGAGCGUGACCAUCGACAUGCGCAAGGAGGAAGGCCGAAGUCUCGUCAAGCAGCUCGCAGUCCAAAGUAACGUCAUGAUAGAGAACUUCAAGCCCGGCACCCUUGAGAAGUGGAACCUCGGUCCCGCCGAUCUUCACCCGCUAAACCCCUCGCUGAUAUUCACGCGCGUCAGCGGAUACGGCCAGACGGGGCCCUGGGCUUCCCGUCCGGGCUAUGCUUCUGUCUGCGAGGCAGAGUCUGGCUUCCGAUAUAUCAACGGCAUCCCAGAUCCAGAAACUGGCUCACUCUCUGGCGCCCCCAUCCGCCCGAACAUCAGUUUGGGCGACUCUGUUGCGGGACUGCAUGCAGCUUUUGGAACUGUCCUCGCGCUAUUAUCGCGGAAGAACAGAGAAGCACAGGGGCUACAGGGCGGCCAGACAGUGGACGUCAGCAUUUUCGAGAGCAUGAUCAACCUUAUGGAAGGCAUUAUUCCUGAAUACGACCGCAAGGGCAAGAUACGCGGGCCCUCAGGCUCCUCCGUGACCGGGAUCGUGCCCACGAACGCCUAUCCUUGCCUGCCUGCACCGUCGGCGCCCAACGUGCCGGCGUAUGUUGUCAUUGGCGCAAACGCCGACUCGAUCUACGUCCGCCUUAUGACCGCCCUCGGCCGCGUGGACCUCAUCGGGCCCGACUACGCACAAAAUCACCACCGCGUCGAGCGCCAGGCGGAGAUCGAAGCUGCGAUCGCUGCGUGGACGAGCACGCGCUCUCCAGAGGAGGUUGAGGAGACGCUACGUAAGGUCGGGGUGCCAGUCGGCCGGGUCCUAAACGUGAAGGACAUUGUGGAGAGCGAGCACGCGCGCGUCCGCGGGCUUGUCGAAGAGGUCUGGGUGCCGAAACAAACACGGACCAAGGUUGAGGGUGCAAGUGGCGGGGAGGAGGGUAAGGGCGAAGGGUGGAGCGUGAAGAUGUCGAAGGUCGUGCCCGUGCUCGAGGGCUGCGACACGAAGACGCGGUGGGCGGGGCCGGAGCUGGGUCAGCAUAACCGGGAGGUGCUCAUUGGCCAGCUGGGACUUGAUGAGGCCGAGUUUGCUCGGCUGCAGGAAGAGGGCGUCAUUGGGAGGUAGUCUCUGCCGGUGAAGCUCAUGCGAGAUUCAUUCAUGAGCAUGAUCACACGAGACGAAGGAUGUUUGACCCCCAUUCAAUACAGCCUUCUUUCUACAGGACGGGACUACUGCGCAACGCUGCGGAAAUGGUCAUGCGGCACAG